CUACCCCAGUGCUUGGGUGGGUGUAACCUUUAGGAUCUUAGCGCCCUGGGACAGGGAUGUCCUUUUAAGGCUGCGCGCCUCGAUUGACUCCGCUCCAUUAACAUCGUAUGAUCUCUGUCCUUCAGAGCUAGCUUUUUGUCUCUCUUACAAGCGCUAUAUCCCCCAAACAAAAGUUCGACCCCAGCUCUGCGCCGCUGUCCAUUGAAACUGUCACCAAUCUGCAGACGAACAGGGCGCAACUGGCCAAUUCUGACAACCCACCUGGACGCUCAUUUCCAUGCAAAGCUGGGAGAAGGACCGGCGUUCCCAUCUUGGAUCCAGAGGAGAGAAGACAAUACAGAGACACAGAAAAAGAGGUGUCCAGCCCUGAACUCUUUCUUAUGGGUGGCAUGAGGGGACGGGAAUCGGAGUGAAAUAAAAAAGUGAAAAGAGUCAUCGGAGAAGAGCCGCAAGGCAGAAGCAGCGAUGUUUUCGAAAGGAAACUUGACGCCAAAAACAGUAAUGGCGCCUGCCGCGGCGUUCACCAUGGCUUGCGUGCUGUUUGCGUAUACUAGAUCGUCGAUCAAGGAGGCUCGGCGUAGUGCCCGUUCGACUCGGGAGACACAGUCUGGCCCGCAUCGGUAUGGUCGGCAUGACGAGGCAGCAGGAGAUCCAGCAACAAGCAUCGCUUCGGGCAAACGGGCAAGAAGCGCUUGGGUGGCGUCCUUCUUCCCGCGGAAAGAGUCGGACUGCUCUUCGGCUUAAAAUCUUGUACGACCGGAGUUGCAAACCUCAUUUCUGGGAAAGGCAUUGCGAGAAUCAUUAUCGCGGAUCAUUGAUAGAAUGAGAAUGGCAAGCUCCAGGAUGCAAGUCUAAGCCUAUUGCCAAUGCCGGCACAAUGGACACGGCGUUCUGGGAGACCGCCAGUGAAAGGAAGCCGGCUCGCCGGCCAUAGUAAGAGCAGGCAGGAUAGCACCUACGGGAUGAACGUGGGAUGAUACGAUGGGGGGUAGCUAACGAGGAGGAGAUCCAACGUCAGGUCUGCCGUGAUUUCGAGCCAGAAACGGCGUCAAUGGCGGACGACAACCGAGAAGUUGCCACCGUCAUCUCAGUAGGAAACAUGGGUGCUGAAUUUGAUCGACCCUGAAAUCAAAGCAAAAUGACACGCUCGUAUGGGUUUUUAGAAGUGGCAAUGUUGGGUUUCCCAUGCUUGACCUUCGGCUGCGCAGAUGGGAUGACUGAAUGUGGAGU